AUGUCCCAGAAGAUCAAGUAUGAGGUUCAAAAGCAGUUUGACGCAUGUUUUCUGGUUGUUACUUCUUAUCCUAUAUGGGUAGCUAAUAUCGUUCAUGUGCCUAAGAAGGAUGCCAAGAUGGAUCUGAUUAAGUAUAUUUAUGAAAAUCCUGCUUUCACGGGAAAGGUUUCCCGUUGGCAAAUGUUUUUAACAGAGUAUGGUAUUCAUUAUACGACUCAAAAAGCCAACAAAAGUAGUAUAGUUGUUGAUUACUUGGCUCAUCAACCUAUAGAGGAUUAUCAGUCAAUGAAGUUUGAAUUUCCUGACGAAGAUGUGUUGUUUGCCAAAGAUUAUUACAAUAUACCAAACUCAGAUAAAUGCCAAGAACCAGGAUCACGAUGGACGCUCAUGUUCGACGGUGCUUCGAAUUCUUUGGGGAAUGGUGUUGGAGUUGUCAUUACUUCUGCAACAAGUUUUCAUAUUCCUAUCACCACCAUAAUCUAUUUUGAUUGCACCAACAACAUAUCUUAA